UAAAACAGAACUGAACACUUACAACCAUCACUGUCAGACUGUCAGCAAACACUUGGCAUUGAAUUAACACAGCAAUGGAGACAUGCACAGGAAUGUCAAUGCAGGACAACAGAGUCUUCACUCAGCAACCAGUGUUAGUGACCAUACCUGACCACCAUUUCAAAGAUGAUAUUGUUUUGUCCACGCUCAAUCUCCACUACGGUAAUCCUUGCUGCCUUGGGGCUGUGGCCAUGUACAACUCGGUGAAGGCCAGAGACAGCACUUUUCGUGGAGACUUUGUGGCAGCAUGGUCCUAUGGAGCCAGAGCUCGCCGCCUAAACAUCGCUUCCUUCUGCAUUAUUGGCUUCGUCGUACUUAUCUCCAUCAUCACCCUCAUCGCUCAAUUAACUAAACCAGACAAAAAUGAAUCAUAAUGCAGAGAAUUAAUGUCUAAAUUUUUGUCUCUCUAUUGUUUUUUUUUAUGAUAUUCACAUCACUAAAGCAUUAGAUUUGCACCAAUUUAAACAUUGCAUGGUUCUCGUUUGGUCUUAAUUUUUACCUGAAUCACUGAAGAAAGUCUGUUGGACUGUAACGUUGCUUUGGAUUUUCCUUUUGUGAAAUAUUACAUUUUGGGGCACUUUUUGGAUUGUACAACAUGUAGUUUUUGUAACUAAUGAGUAAAUCAGUGACCUCAGAUCUCAAGCCUUGUGUAUUUUCCAUUCAUCUAUUUAAGCUUUUGGAUUUGGCAUGCAGAUUCCUUGAUGUUUUUGGCUUAUACGAUUUGAAUCAUGGCUCCCAGCUCUAAUUACCAAUGCCUAUAAGAGGCUUUUAUCAUGAAGCAGGAUUGAAUGGUAAGAUAAAACCAAAAAUAAGAUUAAUCUGAGACAACACUGUAUUUUUAGCAUCACAAAGGUAACAUUCGCUACAAGUAAAGACACAAAAGUGUGAGAUUCGGUGCGAGCAACCAAUCCUCUCAAACAUGGAGACCCAUUGUAAAUGGGUUAGAAGGAUGAGCAUGUUCUGACCCUGGUGCUGGCUCCUUAAAACAAAGCUCUUUGAUACAGUGUAUGUGUCAAUGAGUUCUGUGAUGCAAGUACAUACGGCUGACUAUGUUAUCUGCAGUUCAGAUUUUUUUUUUAAAAGGCUUUAUAUUGUGCAGAGGCGCAAAACCAAAUACACUAAAGUUUUGAAACACUUGACAAAUCUUUUGAUCUGAAGGCGUAUGCUUAAAUGUUUGAAAUUACUUUUGAUUUAUUUUGGAUUUUGUUUAGUCACAACAUAAUUCCCAUAGUUCCAUUUAUGUUAUUCCAAAGUUUUGAUGACUUUACUAUUAUUCUAAAAUGUGAAAAAAAAGAAGAAUAUAUAUAUAUAUAUAAAAUAAAGAAUGAGUAAGUGUUUCAAAACUUUUGACCGGUAGUGUACACAAUGUAUGCAGUGCACAGGGUUAGCCAUAUAUAAGGAGGUGCUUGCGACACACCAAAAUACACAGUCUAAAACAAAGGUCAGUACAAAGCAGGCAGUAUAAAGAAGAUGAGUCAUGACUAGAACUGCAAUCUGUAACCUCAAAAAAAUCAAUAGAUUUCCACAGAAUCGAACAUCCAUCAUUUACAAAUUCUUUGCACACCCCUCCCUUUAAGUUCUUUGAUUUUACU